UUAGGUAGCCAAUUUCUACAAAUCUUUACCUACCUUAGGUAGGUAAUAUUGGUAUCGCCAUGUAUAGCAUCCGUUCGAAUAAUGGGAUAUACAUAGGUAAUGUGUAAAGAUUCUAUACCUAUAUUAGUGUAUUUAGGAGCUACUUGGCUCGAAGUUUCUGGACUUGGAGCUAUGUCACCGCAUGUGAGAUUCUACUAUGUAUUCGACCAAGGUUCUCUUCUCUUCCGAUGUCAGGAGACAUUCAGGCCGUAUGAAGCCGAAGUGGAACUGGACAGAUAUUUACGAAUAUCGUAUGGACGAAUAAGAAAUGUCCAACAUGUAUGGUGGAUUGGCUAGUCGGAGAGAGACCUGAUGGCUGAUGAUCGUGGAGGAG